GCCGCUGGGUACGGACCCCGUGUCCUCUCGGGCCCUAAACAUAGCCGCCGAUGCUAAAUGCGGUGCGCAUCUGCCGGGCCGCGUUGGGCCCUACCUCAGCUGCUGCCAUCGCCAGCAGUGCCGUCGUCUCCGCCGCACCGAAGAAUGUCGUCUUCUCUGAGGUGACCGCCCUGUCACCGCACGCUUCCAACAUGCGUGAAAUGAGCUCGCGGUCACGGAGUGGGCGUCCCCAGGCACAACCACGCCGGUCCGAGCCACCAUCGCCGCAACCCAAGUCAGGCACCACAAGCCCUUCGGACACAUCCGACUACCACUCGGAUCAGUCGCUAGGCAGCGGUGACCUCCAACAGCAGCAACUGAGGCCCGCCGUCAUCCGCCGCUGUUCUCUAAUAUGCUCCUCGGGGUCGGAUCAGUUCACGUUCGACAGCAGGGCUGAUCCCAAUGACCCUGGAACGCCCAGGGUUAGGACUCCUGUGCCCAGCGGGCGUAGUAGUGGAAGCGACUUCCCAGGUGUUCAUACCAUAAAACGCAACACACUGCUGCAUCCUGAAGGCCAGGCCAACCUACAACGCUCCGUCUGCGUGAAUGGACGCUUCCAGAACCCGUGGCCAACGUGGCGACCUCCCACCGUCACCAACAUCUUCAAGUUUGGCCUGUCACGCGACAACAGCAAUGUGCCUCCAAAGCAGGAGCUGGACUUGGUGUUGCCAGUGCUCAAGCCUCGCUUCCAGGAUCCACCCGUAGAGGGAGUGCGCAUCACGUGGCUUGGCCACUCUACGGCGCUGCUGCAGAUGAAGGGCGUCAACGUACUGACAGACCCCAUGCUGAGCGAGCGCGCCUCGCCCAGCCAACUACUGGGGCCCAAGCGCUUCCGCGAGGCUCCCUGCACGGUCGCUGACCUACCUCGCAUCGACGCGGUCGUCAUCUCCCACAACCACUACGACCACCUCGACCUCAACACCGUACACCAGCUCAACGCCAGGUUUGAGGAAACGUUGCGGUGGUUUGUGCCACUAGGCCUGACAACCUGGAUGGAGCAGCUGGGCUGUGAGAAUGUGGUGGAGCUCGACUGGUGGCACGAGGGCCACCUGGCCACAGAGGACAACGACCUCUCAUUCGUCUUCGUGCCUGCACAGCACUGGUGCAAGCGCACCAUCAGUGACGACAACAAGGUGCUGUGGGGAGGUUGGUGUGUGAUCAGCCCAGAGUACCGAUUCUACUUUGCGGGUGACACGGGCUACUGUGACGUGUUCAAGCAGAUUGGCCAGACGUACGGACCUUUUGACCUGGCCGCCAUUCCCAUUGGAGCUUAUGAACCCAGGUGGUUCAUGAAGUAUCAGCAUGUGAACCCAGAAGAAGCCGUGCUCAUUCACAAGGAUGUUCGCAGCCGUGCCUCGCUGGCAGUGCACUGGGGCACCUUCACACUCGCGAAUGAGUACUACCUCGACCCCCCGGUGAAACUACGAGAAAGUCUCGAUCGACACGGCAUAUCGCCCCGUGAAUUCUUCACCCUCAAACACGGAGAGUCGCGACUGUUGCACGCGGCGCCCCCUAAUCGAACGUCUCGUACGCUGCCCUGAUGACCGUGAUAAGAUGUGCCGGAGCAACGUUUGCUGCAUCCUAACUUUUGGCCUUUCGGCAAUGUCUCGAUUACCGGCGCCGCGUUGUGAGCCCAACGACAACUGGCAACAAUGCAUCGCUGAAAAAAGAAAAAGACAGGCUUGCCUUGUCCGACUGCGCAGCUGACGGCGACACCACUCGCGCCCAAAAGCAGUUGAUUGCAAUCAGCUAGACGAGAAGCCUCCUUCAACGAUGCCUCCUUUUCUUUUUCCUUGCGCGAGCAAUCACGUUGAAGGCUUGGAGGCUUUUUCUUCUGAAGACAUCCACAGCAGCCAUGCAAUCGGCUGCUGCAUUUUUAUUUGUGUGUGUAUGUGUGCGUGUAUGCCAUGUGCAAAUGUCUUUUGCACAGUAACUUUGAAGUGUUGUUUUUGAGAGAAAUUGUCCGACUCUUUUGGAUCUGCAUGCUGCUUUGCGGCGUGCGGGUUUCAAAAUUAAUGACACUGAAACGAGGUGAUUAACCUGUGCCUUAUGAGAUACGAAACACAACAUUCUUUUUUUUAAGAAAUGGGUUGUUGUUGUUGUUGUUACUGCUAUAGUGUGUUUGUUAAUUUUGGGUGUUGCUGGCAAAAGAAACAUGGCAGAAAGAAUCUUUUAUAUUUGUCGACUUUGAGUGUAGUGAUAAAAAAAAAAUAUGACAGGAAGGACAGCAACUUGUCUAUAGCUUUAUUUUGAAUGCUGUCUUUUCGAAAGGAAAUCGUUUCACAAUUAUGUUGAAGUAUUGUCUCCGUAUUUCCCUGCACACAUAUAAAACUAAAUUAUUUAUUUUGUCAUGCUCCAUCCCCAAGCUAAGAGGCCUAGCUUGAAAGUAUUUCACAGGUUAGCAUGUUCCCUAGUAAUUAAAGUUUUAUGUUAUUCUCCAAAGGACAGCAUUUGUGGUGUGCACCUACAAAUGUAAAAUUGUUUCAAUUUUUACGAAUAUCUGAUACCUAUUCACUUAACCGAAGCUAGUCCAGGCUUUGCUAGUGUGUUAAGAGCAUUUGCACAAUGUUGAAGUCAAGAUUAACUUCCAAGCCUGCUUCCCUCUGCCAUUGAUUUUUGCCUGCUACACCACGCCCUGCGUAAAUAUGUUGUCUUACCAUGGAGAGUAUCCCACAGUUUUGUUGUGAUAAAAAUCAUCAAUUAAUCAUCAAGUAAUAAGCAACUGGCGAGCUGCUCUGCCCCGGUGAGGUGACUAGCAAAGCAGUCCGCAAAAAAAGAAAAUUAAACUAGAAUUCAGUGUUAUUAUGUGCCAUGUUUUUCUCACUUUGAAUGGCAAUUCACUUUUUAAUGGCCAUAUCUUUUCAGAUAUUAGUGUUUUGCAAAAAUAUAUAUAACAAAAAAAAUGGCACACAAUUUGAGAAGAAGCUCAGUCAAAACUGUAGUUAGUGUCCACUCAACUUCAUUAAUUUAUUUGCUUUGUUUGCGAACCUUGUACAAUGUUCACUCUUUUUAUUGCGAUAUGUAUGUAAUUUUGUCAUGGCCACUGGUCCAUGUUUGAUGCAUGUCCAUUCACACUUUAUUAAGUUAAAAGCAGCAGUGUUUUAGACACAGCCAGUUCUUAUAAGUCAUCACUGCACAUUCAUAUUUGUGGGGCUGCAAAAAAGUUAGCCAUUUUCAAGUUAUGAGCCAAGUAUCACAUCAGGUGCUGAGUGAGUUGAUGCAGACCUAACUAUGUCGAUCUAAAUUCAGCUGCCAUGUCCAAUAAUAUCACAAAGUGACAGUCAGCGUAUGUGCAAUUGAAGUUUUGCACGCAUUUUGCGACUUUUGUCGGCACAUGGUAUUUGUAUAAGUGCAGAGGUGUACACUAUCUUACAUCAAGUCGUUACAAAAUCUUAAGUUGCAAGGCGGAUCAUUAAAUGACAAGUUUCGGUGAACGUGCUAAGCAGUUUUCUGUUCUGGUGCCAUUCACGUGAAGCAUAACUGCGAAGCAAAACAGAGUCAAUGGUGCACACGUGUAUAAUGUAUGUGCAUGCAUCACUCGUAUGCUGUCCCUCUCAAGAAGUUUCAUCUGUGUAAAGUCAUUUUGUAAUGUCAGGAUGAACUCUAAGCCAUGAAAGUGAAGAUGCUUUCCUGCUUUCUGUUUUGUUUUUGCUGCCCAAGGCUUAAAAGUGUUUCACUGUUUGAAUGAUGUUCCAUGAUGUUCAAAUGCGUUUGCUCUGUCGUGUCAUGCCAAAUCGAGGUUCCUUUAUGUGGUUAUGCCGCAAUUUCGUUCCGACCUGAGCUGCAUUACAUGUUCAAGAUAACAAGCUUUAGUGUGGAGAGUACGAACGUCGAGGACUUACAAAGGUUGUUAACAUAGCAACCUUUAUGUCAGGCCCAAUUCCUGCUUCAGUAGUGCUACGCAUUGUAGAUGCGAACACUCUUGCAUGAUGCAUACGUGUCAGCGAUUUGAACAUAUGUUUUGCCCAAAAAUGAAGGCUCAGUUUCGACAGCUUAUGAAGGCACAACUUUCCCCAUGGCCCGCAAACUUUUUAAAAUAAAAUAUGCGAAACAUACCGGUUUUGAAUGUCAGGUCUGGAACAUUCGUGAACACGGGGUAUUGCUGGACUGGAACAUAACAUACAUAGCGAUAAUGUACAUGAUACAUCUGGCAGAAAUUAACGUGAAGGAGCAGACAUCUUGCAGCUUAAUUUAAGUUUUAUGUGAAACCACGGUGAACUGCCAUACAUGAACCAUAUCUUUCAAAUGUUAGAAACUGGCAAAUUUCUUUGCAAAGUGAAUAAUAGAGGGAAGUAGAGGGCUAACUACUAAACAUGUGUUAUUUCAUUGUAUUAAUAUAACAGUGGGUAACCAACAUUAGCAAACAGCCAGCGUUAGGCAGUGCUAACCAGUACUAGCCACUACUGCUAAUAUGUGGAAAGCUUUACUUGAACUAAAUGACUUUUUUCAAAAUUAAGUUUUCGAUGGAGGCAAAAUGCUAGAAGCCCAUGUACUUAGAUUUGGUGCACAUUAAGGAACACCAGAUGGUAAAAUUUUCCAGAGCCCUCCACUACUGGUGUCCCUCACAAUCAUAUCGCGGUUUUGGGACGUAAAACCCCUGACAAUUAUUAUUUUAAUCAAGAUUAAGUAAUAAUUAGUAUAUUUUGUCAUUAUAAUAGCUUACAUCAGUUUUUAUAUCCUAUCACCACUAGACCUUUUCUUUGUUCUAUCUUUAGCAUGGAACUUUAGUUUUCUUCAUGUCAACUUGGAGCUGCUUCUGAAAUCCCAAAUUUACUUCCUACACAAGGCUUGACAUUAGUAUACCCAACCAAAUUUCCCUGUAAAUCACUUAUUUAAGAGAACUUCUGAUUUCCCCAUGCUUAGUGAAACAUCAUUUGAUUGAAAGUCACUUGAACAAGUCUCUCACGGUCACUAUCCCAGUACUGCGGGAAAGCCCAUGCAUUAACAUAUCACCCGAACGAACACUAUCAUAGGCGAGCAGUGUGUUGACAUCCAGCGAAGUGUGUUCAUGCAAACCAUUGUACUUGGAAAGGAGUGUGUUGCACCUAAUAGGAAUGUUUUUUUGCUUUUACGCUUUUUCAUCAAGCACAAGUCAAAAGUUAGCUCACGAGUCCUUCAAUGUGCUUUCAUAAGCAUUUGUAUGGUGGUGCUAAUUAACGCACCACAGAGCAUUCAUCUUGAUUGAAAUAUUGUCCUAACCAUGGGUUUCUGAAAGAGGAGAGGACAGAUAAGGUGACACAAGUGCAUACCAAUGUCAAUUAGCUUUAUAAACAUUCUUUCAAACACUUUACUUUUUUUGUUUGAGGCAUUAAUCUGCAAAGCAUGUAACACUUUGCAGUUAGAAAUGCGAAAGAAAAGUCAGAUGUUUUUGAAAGAGAGAAGUGCAUAUGUUUAUGUACAUAUUUUUUGUCGGGGGCUUCAGAAGUGAAAGGUGGGGGUUGGGAACACCCCCCCUGCACCCCUAUUCUCCUUAUUUCAACUACCUCCAGCUUCUGUUAUCCUUGUGCAGGACAAGCCCAAUAUCCAUGACAAUCCAUGCCAAUCCAUGCAGCGAUCCUCUCCACUGCCCCCUAACCUAGACACCAGUCACUUGCGAGCCAUGAGCAUGCACUGGUUCUUUAUGGUCAACUAUGCCAUAAUCCUAGAAAUCCCGCUUCCAGUAGGAUCCAUUUUUCAUUCCUGAAGUGUUGUCAAAACAGCAUUUUCGUUUGUCUGAACUGCUAGCUAAUCUUAUUAUGUUACAUUGCACUGCUGUUUUUAGUCAUGGCAUACUGUUAAAGAGAGAUUGACAAGAUGCAAAUUACCACGCAGGGAAGCCAACCAAAACUCUCGCGUCUGCAAAUGCUUUCAGCCCCUCACCCGCCCUGCCCCCACUUGCAGAACACUUCUGAAGCCUCUGGUUUUUGUUGCUAUGACAAGUUCUCGCAGUGUAUACUGAAUUGAGAGCCUGAGUGCCGUCUCAGAUCUCUCAAGUCCUGCUCCGAUUUUCUUAUUUCGUUACACCAAGUUCAGCUUUUUUCGUCCCCAUGUGCAACAGGGUGAUGGUGGUUUCAUCAAGGCAUGUUGUGCUCGUUCCUUCACUCUGGGCUCUAAGGACAGUGCUGCAUACUGUAUUGUCCUUUUCUCAUAGUCCUUGCUUUUUCUGUGUUCCAAGAAUGUGUCAAACGUUCUUUCCCAUGCAAGAACACUUGAGCAUAGAUGGAACCGAAAACUGUGCCUUGGCAAUGGUUUCUUGCAUUUUUCUACUGGUAUCAUUGGGAAAUUGUACGUGGUCUUAUGACAGGUCAUUAGUUGGAGCAAGAAGCAGCAUGAGAAACACUAAAGCAGUCGCUUGCAGCCUUAGGCACAUUGCUUGUGACACAAUCUGUAUCAUGUGGCAGUGGUUAAAAGCGGAGCCCACUGGCAUGCGGUGUUCCUACCAAAGCUAAUUGAAUUGCAGAAGCAUGACUUUUACAGAGGGUGCUAAAUAUUAUAACUGAGAAGAUAAAUAGAUGAUGCAUAUAAUGUAGCCAACUAAUAACGCCAACUGAAUGAAUGUGAAAUGCAGAAAGAAAGACAACACAAAAAGAUAGUUCCAAAUUCCUGAGGCAGCUUUCCUAGGAACCCAUUUCAGCUAUGACUUGUAUGAACCUCGUCGAUUUCUGGCUACUUCACUUGAAAAUGAAAGGAAAAUCAGCUUGGUAAUAUUCAUAGGCAUUUGACGCUUUAAUAAAGUCGCAAAUCUGCACAACUGUGACAGCAUCGUGUGAUCAUGUCGCCGGUAUACCAUGUAGUAUGCCUAUGGUACCAUAAUGUAUACCAGUAACGUCAUCAGUGAUUGCAAUAGAACAAGACAGCAGUGUGAACAGCGCGAAAAUCGGCUUAGGAAAAAAGACGGAAGACUUGCGCGGUGCAACAUAAAUCAAGAAUGAGACUUGAGAUGCUAAAUGUUCUCACCACUGAGUCCAUAUUCGUUAAACUUUUACAUAAUAACUUGAUCAACAAUGAAAAUUUUUUUGCUAUUCCGCAGUUGUAUGCUUUUCGUUACCCUGAAGGUACGGGAAAUAUGGCCAGAAUCGUGUUUUGCUGGGAAGGGCUACAAGCGGUCGAUUACUAUAAAUGAUAAAUGUGCGAAUGGUUAAACUACACCCUAAAGCAUGUACAAUUAAUAGGAACAGGAGGAAAAGGAAAGAACACCUAUUAGUUAAGCGGAAACUAAAGCCCUAGUGCGGGCCUCUCUUGCAGGCCCGUGCUUUUUCGGCCAGCACAAUAUUUUGCCAGCAGAAGCUGUGAAGUACGAUAUACAGCAUGCAGUCAGGUACGAAUAUGGCUAAUGAGAAGGUUUUCUCCUUACCCUGAAAAUGACACAUAUAUGCUGAACAGCCCAGGUUAACUGCAUCGUUACGUACUUGUUUAUGCGAUUAGCCAGUUAAACCGGACUGUUCUCACAGUCCCAGCUCUCGAACUCAUUAAGUAUCAAUGGGCAAAGAAAAUACAUACUGACCUGAAGGCAGAGAUUUGCUUUCUUAAAGCAAGCAUAAUCAGGCACAUGUUGCAUGAUGUAUCAUGAAAAGGUAUGUGUAUGACGAAGUCACAUACGAUAUGUUUCAUGAUGAAAAUCAAUCAGAAUGUAGUCUUUCCCUACAUGCAUCGAAAAAUGCUGCCUUUAUGCAGCCAUAUUAGCAUAACCUAUGAAAACAAAACGAGUUCACCCCACUCACACACAGUGUGAUCAUGCUGCUUCUUAUGCUCCACAUUUAAGCGUAAUUGCAUGGUGUAACUAAGUGCCUGUUCUAUUGAGUAAUGUCCGCAAGUGUUGUACGGCUCAUGUGGCCAUGUCUGUCUCCUACUUAUUUAUUUUUUGCUUUGACUGUGCGCCUGGUAACUGGCCUUUGUUUUGUAUAAUCUUGUACGGUGCAGUGUACAAUUUUGUCUAGAACAAGCUGUUAAAAUUUGCCCGCGUACCAAAUCUGAAGCCCUCUUUCUCGGUGCCUGCAGCUUCAAGGAAAACGGAGCUGUGCUCGUGAAACACAGGUUUUUCAGUCCCUACGGUGACUCAUCAAAAUUUUCAAGAUCAGUAUCCAAGUGCACUGUUGAAUUAAACAAUAAAGAGUUUAGUCUUGUUA